UCUAAACCCCGAGCAUUCGCUUCCCAACUUCCACCACCCUCGGGCACCGCUGUCUCCUCAGCUGACGCUACGAACUCCGAAAUACCCCUCGAUAUUCUACACUUACCACAUUUAGACAUUUUAGGGUCGCAAUGACGUCGAUAGGCACGGGUUACGACCUCGCAAACUCCAUCUUCUCCCCCGAUGGCCGCAACUUUCAAGUCGAGUACGCCGUAAAGGCGGUCGAGAACGGUGGCACAUCGAUCGGUAUCCGGUGCAAGGACGGCAUCGUGCUGGCCGUCGAGAAGAUCAUCACAUCCAAGCUGCUCAAACCCAACGCCAACAAACGCAUCGCAACCGUCGACAGGCACCUAGGAGUAGUAUACUCCGGCAUGAUCCCCGACGGCCGGCACUUUGUCGAGCGAGCGCGCGACGAGGCCCGCGCUUGGCGCGACACCGUUAAGACGCCCAUCUCGACGGCCGAGCUCGCCUCGCGCAUGGGCGGCUACAUGCAGGCCUACACGCUGUACCAGUCGGUGCGGCCCUUCGGCAUCACGGCCAUCAUCGGCGGCUUCGACAGCCCCGAGGAGCUGCCCGUCGACGGCGAGGUCGGCAGCGGGCCCGCGUGCGGCGCCGGCGGCAAGGUCCCCGGCAAGACGCACGGCGGGCCCUUCCUCUACAUGAUCGAGCCCUCGGGCCUGUACUGGGGCUACUACGGCGCCGCGACCGGCAAGGGCCGGCAGGCGGCCAAGGCGGAGCUGGAGAAGCUGGACCUCGGCCGGCCCGGCGGGCCCGCCCUGACGCUCGAGGAGGCGGUCAAGGAGGCCGCGCGCAUUAUCUAUGUCGCCCACGACGACGACAAGGAGUUUGAGCUCGAGAUGACGUGGAUCAGCGGGCCCGACGGGCCCACGAAGGGGUUGCAUCAGGAGGUGCCCAAAGCGCUGCGGGAGGAGGCGGAGCGGCUGGCCAAGAAGGCGCAGGAGGAGAAGAUGGAGGAGUAGUAGUAAAGAAGAGGGUCACGAAACGAGGAAAUGGCGUUUAUUGUACCAUACGGAAGUGGCGGCUGCGAGGACUUGCGGGUGGGAAGGUAGACUAAUUUUCCAUCUGGCAAAAAAAACUUAGGGGCGCCAGGAGGUCCCGGAAUGAA